AUGGUAUCACUUGAACCUCGCAAAAAGGACAAAAACAAGUCCAAGUUUGUGAAGCCAGGCCCAAUCUACUCUGAAGAUGGCAUUCCUUACGACUACAUUAUUAUUAUUGAUUCGGGCUCCAAGGGGCUGAGGGUGUUUGUAUACAACUGGUUGAAUCCAGCUGCUGCUCUAAACAAAACUCUCGACAUGAGUGUUGUUCUUAAAAAGCCCAAUCUCAACUUGAUCAAACGGUACUCUGUGGCCAGAGAAGAAGCGGAAAUUGAAGAAUCAGAUACAGAUACCGAGGAUGAGUCCGAAAUCGAAAUAGAUGAGGAAGACGUAGAGUCGGAGACCGAAGAGAAGGACAACUCCAAACUGAAGGACAAUGGUAAAGGUGCUGCGGUUGAAAACAAAGACAAGAGUUCCAAGAAGAAUCCCAAAACCAUUCCUAUUAGGUUUCCCAAGAUCCAGUCGAAAAAGAAAUGGCAUCAAAAGGUGAAACCUGGUAUUUCGUCCUUCAAUUUGAGUCCGCAGAAAAUAGGCAAUUAUCAUUUGAAGCACUUGCUCCAAUUGGCCAGCUCUGUUGUUCCCAAGUCUCAACACUAUAGGACCCCCAUCUUCUUGCAUUCAACCGCAGGAAUGCGGUUGUUGACGCCUACCGAACAGACACUGAUUCUCAACAACAUCUGCUCGUAUAUCACCAACAAUUCAGACUUCUACAUUCCUGAAUGUGCCAGUCAUAUAAAUGUAAUCGAUGGGGACUUCGAGGGUAUCUACGGCUGGUUGUCUAUAAAUUCGCUCAAAGGUGCUUUCGAUAAUCCCGAACAACACGACCAUGGUAAGAGUCACAGCACCUACGGAUUGUUGGAUAUGGGAGGAGCUUCAACACAAGUUGUUUUCCAGCCCAACAACACUGAGAUUAAAGAACAUCAGAAUAAUCUUUUCAAAAUAACUCUCGCACAAGUUCCACAUCUAGCUCCUGUAGAUUCUGCAAAUGCUGCCGACCCUGUACAACAACGAGGAGAUGAGCCUGUAGUAGGUAAGUAUUCGUUACCUCAACCAGCGGAAUUCAACGUCUUCUCAGAUUCGUUCUUGGGCUUUGGAAUGUACCAAGCUCACAACCGUUACUUGGCUACCCUUCUUAGUCUGUAUUUGGAAGAGAACAAUAUGAACGAGCAGAAUAGAGUCAUUAAGAAAAUAAGUACUCCAGUGCCAGAUCCUUGUUUGCCAAAGGGCUACAUGUCCGUUUCAAAUGUGGAAGAAAUUUCUGUAGAUUUCACGGGGGAGAGCAAUUUUCAGAAAUGUCUCGAAGGCAUCUUUCCGGUGUUGCUGAAGAGUUCUGCGUCUGAAAAUAUGGGGAACUGCAAGCAGUUUAGCGACGAAAUACAGGCUAGCUCUUGCUUAUUGAAAGACUCUAUUCCAGCCUUCGACUUCGAGGUCAAUCACUUCGUUGGUGUCAGCGGCUACUGGGAAGCUAUCAGCAACUUGUUGAGCUACGAGAACAUCAAUGAUAUCCGUGAAGAUGGUAAUAAAGGUGACAAAAGCAACAAGAACAACGAUAAGUCGGAUACCUACGAUUACAAAGUCAUCUACGAACAGACAUCCAAGAUAUGUUCUAAGGACUGGAGUAGUUUGUUCGAAAUGAAUAAAAGAAAGCCAGAGAACAAACAAUUGACUGAAACUGACUUACUGGAGUUGUGUUUCAAGUCGUCUUGGAUCUUGAAUUUCUUACAUCUUGGAUUGGGAUUUCCUCGUCUUGGCAUCGACGAGAUGCCCACCAAGAACGACCAGUUCAAGUCGUUGGAGUUGGUAGAAGAUAUUGAUGGCUCAUCGUUUUCGUGGACUUUAGGUAGAGCAAUCCUUUAUUCCAACGAUGAAUACGUUCAGGCAUUCAAUAAUUACACUAUCAAGACAUUACAACUUUCCGAAGAGGAUGUGGAGAAUUCCAAAUCUGAGUACAUAAUGAAGAGGCCGGGAUUUUAUCAUUCCGCCUCUGCUUCCGUGUAUCAUUUUGGAGCCGAGCAGAAUGGCAUUUCCCCACGUCCACAGUUUAUUGCACCUAGAGACGGUAUCAAGUAUCCUCACUACGACUACGAGUACGAAGCUGAAAGUCUGGAACUGAAAUGGGACAUCGAGCCACAUCGCUGGUACGGAAUCAUCAUCUUUUUAGGCUUACUAGGGUUUAUAGUCUGGCUUAUGGUAGGAAGAAGUGGUCGUUCUCUCAUCCUUGACCGGGCCAAAAACAGAGUCAGAAGAAUGGUUCUGCCAUUAUUCGGAAGAUCUAGCUACGUUGCAGUUCCAUUAGAUGAAGAGCAUGAAAUUAGCGCUGCUGGUCGAAGCUCUGAUCUUGAUUUAGAGAAUGGCUACGAGUUGGACGAUAUCGAUUCGACGCCAGACUUCAAGACUAGUAACUCGUCCUCUGAUGAAGUGGAGGCGCAAUUCAGAAUCGAUAGCGAUGACGAAGAUUAG